AUCGUCAGUCAAUAUAACUUUCCCUAUGUUUGACGAAAGACCUCCGUCAAUUCUGAAUGCACUGUCGAUUAUCUGUUCAAGUGAGCUUGUAAAUAGGAAUGAAAUGGAAUGAAAUUUGAAUAGCUCUGUUGACGUGUUAAGUGAAGAUUAGAGAGUUGUGGGACAUCAGUGGACAGUCAGCUUCCGUGACAACUUGUUCCAACUUGGGGUGAAGAUGGCCUACCUCCUACUUCUUCUGGCGCUUCUUCUCCUUGUCACAGCAACGAGGGGAGACUACUCGAGUGAUGAAAUUGCUCUUCUGGCAUCCAUUCGAGCCAACACCAGCGUGGACGUCAGACCGAUACAGUACACUGUCGUCACGUCCACCAUCUUGCUGUUUGCUCUCAAUGAUGUGAACAUCGGUGCAGAAACCAUGUCCUUGUCCGGGGCUUUGUUGGUUCUCUGGAAUGACCCUCGACUGACGUGGGACCCGGCAUCUGCGGGAGGAAUACAGAGGAUGGUUGUCAACACCAAAUACAUCUGGAAGCCACCACUGGUCAUUGAAAAUGACAUCAACUCACCGGCUGUCCUAGGAAGCGACGGAACCCCUCUCCAAGUGUUCCCCAGCGGCGAUGUAGUAUGGUCUCCCCCCAUCUCUACGACCUCCAGCUGCUCUGCAGACAUAACGUACUACCCCUAUGACAAGCAGACAUGUUCUCUGACGCUGGUUGGCUGGAGUUACACCACGGAUGAGGUAGACCUCCUCACUGACCCAAACAGUCCGUUCGACAUGAAGUAUUUCACCGGUAAUGGAGAGUGGCAAAUGUUGGGCACUGGAUAUGAAUACACUAACGUGACCCAGGGCGUUAUGACAUUCCGGAAACUGGUGUUCAAGGUAACUGUCCGUCGAAAAUGGCAGUUCUAUGGCCUGAACAUCAUGCUGCCCCUUAUCCUCAACUCCAUCUUAAUGAUGGUGGUGUUUGCCUUGCCGAUAGAGUCUGGGGAGAAGAUGGGGUACUGUCUGACUGUCCUCCUGUCCUACAUCGUCCUGCUGACUAUGAUAGCUGCCAACCUGCCGCCCAUAUCCAGUCAGACGUCUAUCAUCCAGGUGUACCUGUCCGUGGUCAUGUGUGUAGGCACUGCAGGCACACUCUGCACUAUCGUCGUUCUCCGCCUGUAUCACCAGGAUGAGGCCAAACCAGUUCCAGCGUGGCUGCAGAAGGUCACCCAGUCCUUCCUGUCUCCCCUGGCGUGCAUCACCUGCACGUCAAACAGAGUGGUGUCCCCUCUCGGAAAGGACUUGCCCGAAUGUACAGAGAAGAUAACAUCUCCUCAACGAGGGUCUAGUGCAAAAGAGAUUGCUCACAUACUGGACAAAUUUCUCUUCCGUAUUUUCGGAACCUUCAUGUCCGUCAUAACGAUUGGGUUCGUUUUGUCCCUUAUGACAAAUUAUUUAUGACAUGGUAAUGUGCCACUUUCUGUACACUUCUUGUGGAUGUAGAUCUGUUCCGUUCUGGUGAGAAAGAAGUGUGCACCAGUGCAUGUGGCAUUCCGCCUGAAACAGUGGACUCUACUCCAGGAACACAUCAAUGGUGGCAUAGUCGUACCCCUCGCCACAGGCAGGUCUCACUAUCGUCAGAACACGUUGAACUACAGGCAGUUGAACACUACUCAGAAUGUUAACAUAGUUGAUUCUGUGUAUUUGAUUUAUUGGUUUAUUUGUUUCAUUAAUUCAACUCAA